AUGGCCACAGCCUCGGUGGCCUUUCCCAGGGAGAAAGCAGCACCCAUCCCUGGUAGUGGCCCUGGGAGCUCGGAAAUUGCUCAGCCCUCCUCCUUUGUUUCUCCUGCAGGCCUAAUGGAGCUGGGAUACUGGCAGCGGUGGCUGCUGCUGCUGGUGGGUAUCCAGCUGGCCAGUGGCCAGUGCCCAGAGCAGUGCCAGUGCGUCCGCACUGCCCAGGUGGAGUGCUCCGGUGCAGGCAUCACUGCAGUCCCCAGCCCCAUCCCUGAGAACGCCAUGACCCUGCAGAUCAUCAACACUCGCAUCACUGAGCUGGGCGACGCAUCCUUUGGCAACGCCUCCCUGCUGAUCGGGCUGCGCAUCGAGAAGAACAACCUGUCGCGCAUCAGCCCCAGGGCCUUCCAGCACCUGCCUGACCUGCGCUACCUCAGCCUGUCCAGCAACAAGCUGCAGGAGCUCCCCGUGCAGGUCUUCGAGCGCCUGGGCAAGCUGGAGUCUCUACUCCUCUCCAGCAACCAGAUCCUCCAGGUCGAGCCUUCCCACUUCUCCCACCUGAGCAACCUGAAGGAGCUGCAGCUGCACGGGAACAACCUGCAGGAGCUGAAGGAGGGGGUGUUUGACCAGCUCACCAGCCUCACCAAGCUCAACCUGGCCAGGAACAACAUCGACCACCUGCCGCGCCGGGCCUUCGAGCGGCUGGCGCGGCUGCAGGUGCUGCGGCUCUAUGAGAACCGGCUUCGGCAGAUCCCGGUGGGCACCUUUGAUGGGCUGCCAGAGCUGCAGGAGCUGGGGCUGCACCAGAACCAGCUAGAGAUGCUGUCCCCAGAGCUCUUUGUGCACAACGGGAACCUGCAGAAGCUCUACCUGUCCAACAACCUCCUCGCCACCCUACCGAGUGGCAUCUUCUUGCCCUUGCGUGCCCUCGCUAAGAUCACCCUGCAUGUCAACCGCCUGCGGGACAUCUCCCCUGCUGCCUUUGGGCCCAUGCCUGACCUGCGGGAGCUGUGGCUCUACGAUAAUGAGCUUUCUACCCUCCCUGCUGCUGUCUUCGGCAACCUCACCCAGCUGCAGCUCCUGGUGCUCAGCAAGAACCGGCUGCGCUCCGUGGCGCGGGGGGUUUUCCAGGGCUUGGGGGAGCUGCUGGAGCUGUCCCUGCACUCCAACACCCUGCGCCGCCUGGAUGCACAGGCACUGGAGGGGAUGCCCAAGCUGCAGAACAUCUCCCUGCACCACAAUCAGCUACAGACGCUGCCGCGGGGCCUCUUCGCCGCCACCCCGGGGCUGCGGCACCUGCAGCUGCACUCCAACUCCCUGGAGAACCUGCCCGCCGGCAUCUUCUCCCCCCUGGCUGCCCUGCGAGAGGUGAAGCUGCACAACAACUCCUGGCGCUGUGACGAGGGCAUCCUGCCCCUGCGGGGCUGGCUGGAGGACAACCCCCACAAGGUGGGCGAGACACCCCCCCUCUGUGCCCAGCCCCCUGCCUUGCGGGGCACCCCCAUCGCCGGGCUGCUGCAGGACCAGCUCCUCAUCCCCCGGCCCUCCACUGCCUCCCCCCGUCCCAGCACCCCGCUCCCUGCUGGCCCCUCUGAGGUGGCAUUGCCGGAGGGUGCCUGGACGGAGCCCCCCAUGGGGCUGCCGGUCUCUCCCCAGGAGGAGGAGGAGAAGGAGGAGGAAGAGGAGAGGGGGCAAUGGGGGCUGACAAGCACGCAGAGUGGGGUGGUGGUGGCGGUCAUCGUGCUGGUGUGUGUGGCCCUGCUCGCCGCCCUGGUGGCGCUGGUGGUCUAUGGCUGCAGGAAGAAGAGCCACGUUGUGCUUAUGAGGAUGAAGGCACCCAAUGAAGCAUGAGCACCCGGGAAGACCCUGGGGUAAUGGUACUGGUGGGGCAUUUCCUCCCCACGGGGCCAAGGGACAUGACAGUGGCUCUGUAUCAGCUGCCCUUGCUGAUUGGGAUGGGCCACAAUCACCAAGCGUGCUGCAUGUCCCCUGUCCCGCUCUGCUUUGCCCUGCCCCUGCUCUGCAGUAGGGUGUCCGCCUGGGUGACCUCCCAUGGCUGCCCUCUUCCCAGCCCCUCCUGCCUCCAGUGCAGCCUCUGUGCCCAUCCCCUACCCGGGGGCCUGCAGCUGGGGCGCUGAGAGGGGACCCCUCAAGCAGGGAGCCACAGCCUGGUCAUGAUGGUGCUUAUCCCAAACAACAGGACUUCCCCAUCCCUCACUUUGCUUUCUCCUCUCUAGUGCUGCCUGCCCUUGCACCGCCUGCUGCCCCCCACCAUGCCCCAGCCUCAGCCUCUGCCCCUGCCCGGGCAGGAGCCGCACACCCGCUGCUGCCGUGCCCUCGCCGGCGGGCUGGGCGCUGCUGCCGCCGGGCUGGCACACCCGCACGGCUCCACGCUGCCGCCCUGUCCGCAGGCAGCCAGCACCUUCCCUGCCCCGCCGCAGCCUCCUGCCCCCGCCCGCUGGCCCCUGCCGUGUGCGGGGGAAUUACCGGGUGGGACGAUGGGAGUGAAGUAUCUGCAGGGAGGGGCUGGGAGAGGCUCCUGUGGCUGUGCCCCAAGGCAGCGGGGGCAUGCCGGGGCGGCUCCUGCUGUGCCUCCUCCCAAGUCUUCGCUGCCUCAAUACCCCUGCGCAUCCUCCACCAGCUAGUGAGCAAACUGGCCCUGCUCUGCCUGCCAAAGCUUCUUCCUUUUCUCCUGCGAGUACCCUCCUGUAUGUGCCCAUCCCUGCUGCCUGCACAUCCCCCGGGCAGCAGGGAUGCUGGCAAUGCACAGUGGGGAGGUCAGCAAGCGCUGCUGCUCUGCAGUUUGCAGGUGGGUGCCACACCAUUCCCCUGCAGCACCUGCACCCAGCGGCCACCCUGCCUGCUCCAGCUGUAGCACGGCCACGGAGGCGUCCAGCUCACCUCUGCACACGGUGUGGGGGUGCCGGGCUGCCUGGGGAUUGCUGCCAUGGGACGAGUGCCCCAGGAGCCAGUGGGAGCACAAGCAACCCCACACUCGUGCACACGAUGGGAUGCUCCUCUGGGCUGAGACCUGCAUGGCAGCAGGAGGCACAGGACUGUGCCGUGGGGCUGUUGGGUGCUUCUCUGUGACCUCUCCAUUAAAGUGCAGUUGUCCAUUCCCA